AUGAAACAGGGCUACGAUUUGGUUGGUAAUGAAGAUGGUGCUGCGGAACCUGAUCAGACUAGUCAGAACACAAGGCUCGUAUCAGAGUGUAAUACUACAGCGAAAUACCUCUUGCAGGUUGUUCAACUCUGUAUAUUUGAUGUUCGCGAGAGUAACCGCCUUGUCGCACGCAUGACUGGCUUAGCCUCAUCACGCAACACAUCAAAUUCUCCCCCAACAGACAUCCAAGAACAGACAGAGAUUAUCCUCUCUCAACAUCUUUCAGAAGGUACUAAAAGAGAUUCGGACAAGAUGCGUAUCUAG